AUAUUUUAAUAUGCCAAAUCACAAAUAUUAUCCCUUCUUCUCCCUCAUGUCUGGACUAUUUAUUUUGCUUGUCUGAGUUGUACAAGCAACUGAUUCUUUUUCUAUCUUCAAAAAUCACCAAAAAGAAGAGCCAAAAAUCAUGUCUUCCCCAAGCAAAAGAAGAGAGAUGGACUUGAUGAAGCUGAUGAUGAGUGAUUACAAAGUUGAAAUGAUCAAUGAUGGGAUGCAAGAGUUUUAUGUGCAUUUCCAUGGACCUGCUGAAAGUCCUUAUCACGGUGGAGUUUGGAAAAUAAAGGUGGAACUUCCAGAUGCAUACCCGUAUAAAUCUCCGUCAAUUGGUUUUAUUAAUAAAAUGUACCAUCCAAAUGUUGAUGAGAUCUCAGGAUCAGUUUGUUUAGAUGUUAUCAACCAGACCUGGAGUCCCAUGUUUGACUUGACAAAUGUGUUUGAAGUGUUUCUCCCACAACUUCUCUUGUAUCCUAAUCCGUCGGACCCAUUGAAUGGGGAGGCAGCUGCCCUGAUGAUGCGAGACCGAACUGCAUAUGAACAAAGAGUUAAAGAAUAUUGUCAAAAAUAUGCUAAGCCAGAAGACGUUGGAGCUGUCCCGGAGGACAAGUCGAGUGACGAGGAGUUAAGUGAAGCUGAAUAUGACUCAGAUGAUGAGGCAAUGGCAGGACCUGUUGAUCCAUAAUACCUCCCUCAUCUCCAUUACUAUCUGUAAAUCAUGUCAUUUGUCCUAUUGUUGAACUGCAUAGUUAAAAAAAAAAACUACUGAUUGUGAAGGGGAUCCUAAAAGAAGUUGCCCUCUUCUGUUAAUGUAAAUAAAUUUGAUGUUUGAUAUCCUUCAUGUUCUUUUAUAUGUGUGUGUUUCGCGCAUUUAUCUUUUUCUA